CCCCCCUUCCUCCCUACUGCUCUCUUCUCAUCUGCAUACAUGCUGUGACUUUUUUCAAACGCACCCUUGCUGAUAUGUAAGCUAGACCCAGUUGCAUUGCAAGUGUUCAGUCUUUUCGCGCCGCAAACCGUAGACAUAUCUUUUCCAGACAACUUUGCAGGCUGACUGGGGGUGCACAAUUAUCACUUUGACAGGAAACCAGCAGCCCUGAGAGCGGUCUGUCGAACUUCCUGUCUUUCAAGUUAUUGCAGACAGCACAAAGGGUGAAUACAGUACCGACAUUGUAAGCUAUAAAAUAAAACACACGGAUGGAUCGUCUGAUGACAAGUUCAGUGUUCCCUUGAAAGUUCCAGGAGUUUUUGACUGCACGGCUCAGCUGAAACAAACACAUUUAAGUUUUCUUCUCAAUUAACAAAAGGUUUGACGCAAAGGAAAAUGACAGAAAAUCCAGCCACUAGAACUGUGGUGGUUCUUUUCGUCACCCUGGUGAUCCUAAUUGUACUGCUUAUUUUCUUGUACAAAAAAUUAAACAGGGAGGCAAACAAUGAAUAUACAAUCAGAGAAAUCAUAUACAAGGAGGGUGGGGUCAGGGAUCGGGUUAGAGGGGCAGUAUUAGCUGUGGAAAGUCAUCUUGGCAUCCAGCUGUGGCCUGAAGGCAACGAUGAAGAGGAAGACAUGCAGGACGAGCAGGAUGAGGAGAGAGACGUGGAGAAUGGAGAAGAGAGGAGUGAUGGGAGUGAUACAGAUGGAGAGGAUGAACAAGAGGGGGACAGUGGGGAUCACAGUGCUGGCUCAUUCCCAAAAGAAGGCGAUAACUCCAGUGUGAACAGUUCAGAGGCAGGUGAGGAAGAUGAGCUGAUGGAUAGUAAACCAGAGUUAUAUGAGGAGGAUAAAAUUGAGGAAAAGCAGGAAAAAGAGGUAAAAGAAGAAGGUAAAGCAGAAGCAAGCGGUGGGACUGGAUUGUUGAUCGACCUGAAGCAGUUUUCUGGUAGUGCUAUUUGGUCAGAAGAGGACGGAGGUGAGGGCCGGGCUAGUGAUGUGACAGCACUGUAAAACGACAAGUAAAGCUGGGAGGGAUAGAAAACUUUUUCAUAAAGAAGGCGAGAUCACAGAUCAAAUUAAGACAUAGUGAAGCAUAGAAAUAAAACUAGAAAAACAGCAUAAACUUAGUUCAAUUCUUCUCAUGUUACAUAUUUUAUCUUAAUGCCGUGAUGGCUGAAUAAAGCUGUUAUAUAUAUCCAAUUGGAUGUUCCUUGUAAAGAUUGUGUAAAGUUUGUCAUCUGUGACUUUGAAAUGUUUUUUAAUGCCUUAAAUGUUUUCUGCAAACUUAAUAGAAAUCUAAAGUCAGAGAAUAUUGUAUUUCUAUUUUCUCACUGUUGUUUGCUGUAAAGUGUAAACGUAAUGUCUUCAGUUCAGUUUUUAAAGCGGAAAUAAAAAUAAAUACAUUAAGCUUUUCUAUGUAAACUAAUUAAGAAAAUGUACUUAAAGAUUAUAUCACUUCUCUUAUAAGGGAUUGUAGAACAGUGAACAACUGCUAAAAAAAGGUAACCAAUUUAACAAUAUAUGUUAAAGAUUUUUUUUUUGUUUCUGUAUCAUCAGGGAGUAACAUUUUAAAACAAAACAACAUGUCCAACAACUGGCUGCAUAACAUGCAGCGUUCAACGUUAUUUUUUGCUACAACAUAAACCAAACCACAAAUGUAACUUUGUGUUCCCAUUCCAUAAUUGUUGAAUAAAAUGUUGAAAA